AUGCUGGUGGAUAGAGAGGGGUUGUGGUUUAGAGUGUUGGUAGCUAGGUAUGGGCUUGAGGGAGGUAGUCUUCGGGCAGGAGGUCAGAAAGGGUCGGUGUGGUGGAGGGAGAUAGAGCGUAUUAGGGAGGGUGUUGGCGAGCCAGGAGGCAGUUGGUUUAGGGAGCAUGUCUCGAGGAGGGUGGGGGAUGGGUCAGAUACACUUUUUUGGACCGAUCCGUGGUUGGAUGGGAUUUCGUUGAGGGAGCGGUUUGGGCGCCUUUUUAAGUUGGCUGUAACCAAAUCUCGUUCGGUCGCAGAUAUGUUUGCUUUAGGUUGGGGGGCAGAUGGGGGGCGUGGGAGUGGCGGAGGCGAUUGUUAUACGGUUGGGGGAGUUUAUCAGCUUCUGACGUCUCAGGAUUCAGUUACUUUGGACGAUGCGGAUAACCUUAUUUGGCAUCCUCAGGUUCCUUUGAAGGUUUCCAUCUUUGCUUGGCGUUUAUUGCGGGACAGGUCGCCUACGAGAGCAAAUCUGGUUACUCGAGGUGUUUUGUCUACUACAGGUGCCACUUGUGUUUUUGGAUGUGGAGUGACUGAGUCGGCUCAUCAUUUAUUUCUCUCAUGUGGUAUUUCUGGACCGCUUUGGGAUUUAGUUCGCGACUGGAUUGGGAUUUCUUUGGUGGAUUCCACCUCUCUGCGUGAUCAUUUUGUCCAGUUUACGGCAUCAUCAGGUGGAUCUCGUGCGAGACGGUCCUUUUUGCAGCUUGUGUGGCUCGCUUGUGUUUCGAUUUAUGAAAAAACCCUUCAAAAUUGCCAGUUUAAUCCCACAACCAAAUUCUCAAAUCAUUUGGACAGAAGGGUGAAAAAAGAACACCAUUACAAACAAUCUCUUUAUGGAAACUUAAUGAGUCUUGAGUUCAAUGAUAUGUAUAAGGUCUAA